GCCACAGCGACUCCGACGCUGAAAGUUUCUCCCUGACCAGCGGCGAAGAAGACGACGACGCUGACGUCACCGCGCACAACGUGCAGCAGCACCCGGAGCAACAUGGCUUUGAAUGGAGGUGACGCGGACUUCGAGUGGGAGCCUCCAACCGAGGCAGAGCUGAAGGUGAUCCAUGCUCGCAGGGAGCGACAGGACAAGAUCAGCAAGCUGAUGGGAGCCUACCUGCUCAAAGGAUACAGGAUGCUGGGGGAGUGCUGCGACGUGUGUGGGACUAUUCUUCUCCAGGACAGGCAGCAGAAGCACUACUGUGUGUCGUGUCAGGAGCUGGACUCUGACGUUGACAAGGACAACCCUGCUCUAAAUGCACAGGCGGCGCUGUCCCAGGUGAGAGAGAGGCAGCUUGCAGCCCAGGCCCCUGCACUGUCCCAGGAGCCCGAACCAAACGAAGGCGCCAGCAGCAGCCAGGCAAGUGUGUCAGUUGCUCAGCCCAGACCAGAGCACUGUGAAGGGGCUGCUGCAGGAGGUAGAGCCUCCCUGCUUCCACCUGCUGUGCCUGCUCCCCCAGCCCCCGCCCCCACCGCCGCCGCCACCGCAGUAGCAGCAGCAGCAGCAGCCCUGGCACCAACCCGUCCCCCAGUUUGUCCACAGAUCUCUGCCCUCCAACCUGUGUUGCAAGAAGCGGAGGAAGCUGUUCUCACUAAACUCCGCUGGGCCACCAACCAGCUACAGAGCUCAGCCUCCCUCGAGGCAAGUAUCCAGCUCUGCGGCCUCAUCGCCAGCUGUGCCAACUCACUGCGCAGCCUCAAGGAGCUCAGCCAGUAACCAUCAUUGUCUGGUUGAAACUGUGGGGUAGUGGGAAGGCUGUUUUUAUUGGCCCCUGUCUUGGAAUACUGACUCUGGUUUGCUGGUUUGCAGAAUCUCCCUUUGACUGAAUCCUUGCAUAGAGCUGAAUUCAAAAUUGGUCGGAAAAAUGCAUCUGAAAUGGCAAUUUAAGUGUCAAACGUGCGCAGUUUGCUCUUGAGUAAAUGUAACUGUACCACUGGCAGAAAUACCAUGUUACCUAGUUUCUUAAUAUGUUAAUUUGACAGUUUUUUUCAACUUGUAAGUUAUGAUAUAAUUAUAAAAACUGAACACCUGUCAAGGCACGUUAAUUGUUGGAAUUCAUUUAAAAACAUCUGACCAUUAAAAAUCUAAAUAAGGCUUAGUCUGUAUUUUACAUAAGAAUAAUGCUAACCUAUUCAUAGGUGGUUGGCUCUGGAAAAUCCAAAAUGGCCACAGUUACUUGACACCUUGGACCUUAUUUCUCCUGAUUGAUUGUUCACUAGUAUCACACAAAAAAUAUGUAGGUUUGCGAAUAACAAUUUUAACAAAAGCUUAAAACUCCUGUGCAUACAUGCCCUUUUAAUUGCACACGAGUCUGUGCGACUAGAACAUAAGUUAUCAGUUAAAAUGUAAAGUCUGUUGCUAUGUGGUUUAAAACAACAGUCGCUUAUCUGACCCUGCUCUUCUCACAGACACAGGUGCAUUUUUCUAUUUGCUGCUCAGAUGGAUUUCUUGUGUCUCUGGUCCCCUGGUGGUAUAAAGCUCGUCACCGUGUGCUGGCAGUGCUUAGUUUUUUUUUAUUGUAAAUAUCUUUUUAAUGCAUGAUGGUGUUGAUGGUCAGUUUUUUCAGUGAUGCUCAGAUGAGAGGGGUCAAAGUUCAGGGGUCAGACUGAUUGUUCUUCAUUCAUUAAAAAAACGAAAAACACCCAGAGCAAAAUAAAGUGUGCGCUGCUCAUCAGUAGACAGCACUUUGUUUUAGAGAGAGAAAGUUUCAAUGUUGUUCAAGGCUGUCAGUAUUCUAAAUAUGUACCUGAAUAAAGCUUUGCCAGUU